UUUCAAAAUAGCUACAACAAGGAAAAAACCCAAGGAGUUGACAUCCUUUUGCAUGUGUCGUCGUCCAUAUCCUCGGCGACGUUAUUAUCACAUACGUCCAUUGCAUUUACUGGGUCCCAAUUCGACCAGUGAAAUGGAAAGCGAGGAUACGGAUAGUAAAGAUGAACUGGAGCUGCCAUCGUUGACAACAAUUGCUGAUGAUUUACCUGACAAAGUCUAUGACAUCAAUGCUGGUGACAAGGAUGCUGAGGUCACAUUGGAAUCUCUGGUGGCCAAAGAAGAGGAUGCCUGGUGGAAUCAAUUACCUUUGAAUAAUCUAGAUUUAAGUUCAAAUCAACUGAUACAGCUAUCACCAAAAAUCGAGAAUCUUUGUUCGUUAACAACAUUGACGCUCCAUGACAAUGCCUUAACCUCAAUACCCAAAGAAAUUGGUAAACUGGAAAAGCUAAUACGCAUCAAUUUGAGUCGUAAUCGGCUGAAGGAACUACCGCGUGAAUUUUUCACCCUACCUGAUUUACGUUACCUGAAUUUGUCACAUAAUCAGUUCGAAGAACUUAAUCCCGAUAUAAGUGAUCUGCAUAUGUUGGAGUUUUUGGAUGUAUCAAAUAAUGAACUUAACGCUUUACCUGGUGGUAUUGGUUUUUUGGUGCGUCUAACAACGCUUCUACUAGCCUAUAAUCAUAUUAAAGAAUUACCACCCGAUUUGGUCAAUAUGCGGUCUCUUCAAAAAUUGGAUUUAAUGCACAAUGAUUUAAUUGCUCUACCCGAAGACAUGGGUAGCCUGCGAAAGCUGCAAUGUUUAUAUGCCCAACAUAAUGAUAUCAAAGAGUUGCCCGAUUUCGAUGGCUGUGAUCUACAGGAGCUGCAUGUAUCCAAUAAUUUUAUAGAGAAAAUACCAAAGAGGCUCUGCUCCCAUUUGCCACAUUUGAAAAUUGUCGAUUUGAGAGAUAAUAAAAUCACCGAAAUACCCAAUGAAAUUGGAUUGCUACAAAAUCUGACACGCUUCGAUAUAUCGAAUAAUUCCAUAACAAAUUUACCCUAUUCUCUGGCGUCGCUGGCCCAUUUGGUUAGUCUACAGGUCGAGGGUAAUCCAAUCAAAUCGAUACGACGUGAUAUUUUGCAGUGCGGUACGGUGCGUAUUUUGAAAACAUUGCGUGAACGUCAGGAGGGUCUUGAGGCAGCAGCAAAAACCUCAAAUUCAUCAUCAUCGCUGACGGGCAGUAUGGGUGCCGAUGGCCUAAAUAGUCCACGAAGGGGUCUAAGUUUUGAGGAGGAAAAUUCCAUAUUUCCCGAUAGAUACAAACUCCAUAAGACCCGUUGUCUAACUGUUACCAUGCAACAGUUAACCGAAGUACCCCGCGAAGUUUUUGAAACCGCCAGCAAUGAACAAGUGAAUAUUGUUGAUUUAUCUAAAAAUCGUUUUACCACCCUGCCGGAGGGCUUAUUGGAAAUGAAAAAUUGCUGUACCGAAUUGGUAUUUGCCAAUAACCAGAUCACCAGUGUGCCUUCAUUUAUAUCACAAUUUACCCGUCUGUCAUUGGUUAAUUUAUCCUGCAAUAGUCUACAAAAUUUACCUGAAGAAUUUGGUGUUUUGGUGACGCUGCGGGAGUUGAAUAUCUCGAAUAAUAGAUUUGAAAUCCUCCCAAAAUGUGUUUACGAAUUGAAAGGUUUGGAAAUACUUUUGGCUCGCGAUAAUCGUAUCAAAUCCAUUAAUGCCACCAGUGAAGGAUUGGGUGCCCUCAAACGUUUAGCCAUAUUGGAUUUGCGUAACAAUGACAUAGAUCAUGUGCCACCGAUUUUGGGAAAUCUAAAAAAUAUAACAACCCUGGAAAUUAUCGGAAAUCCAUUUAAAUUGCCACGCCAUCAGACACUGGAACGGGGUACCGAGGCCAUAAUGUCCUAUUUACGUGAUCGUAUACCAGUUUAA